UUAUAAUAAUAAAAUGUUUUUAGGGAAAAUCAGGAAGACCCUGAUUACCAACAAGUUCUUACCCAAAGCCUUCUUCGGAGGACAUGCUCCAGUCACUGGACGAUUGAUGGCUUCAGAUAAGAUCAUCUGGCUCAACGUUGUUGACAAGAAUGGGGAUAUUAUGAAGGUUGCUUGAAAUGAAGGAGAGCCAAUGCUGAAUGCACUCAGAAGAUCCUUCGUUGAAGGAGUCAUAGGAGACUGUAAAGGAGGAGACUAUGAAUCUCCCCCUUAUGAAAAGCCUUAUGACUUUUACUCAGAAGGACCUUCAUGCAUGAACUGCAAAGUUGAUAUUAAGUCUGAAUGGAAUUCUAAAAUCCCUAAGCCAUCUACUGAAGCCUUUAUUUUGGACAAUAAUGCAGGACUUGUAACCUCUGAUACCAGAUUAUCCUGCUGUGUACAAAUGGAGAAAUGGAUGAAUGGAAUGAUAGUACAAGUUGGCAUCAACUAA